GCAGGGCGGCGGAGGCCUUUAACGGUUCUGCCCCGCGGCCGGGUGUUGCCGCCGGUCCUGGCUUCGAUCCCUCCCUCAUCAUGGACGAGCAGAGAUACUCCUUCAAACUCUGGCAACUUCAAUGUAUGGACAAGUACAGAAGACUAAAUUAAUGGAGGCUAAGAGACCCUGCAAAGGAUUGUAUCUACUCUAGCGAACAAAAAUGAUGAAAUUCACAACUUCAUUGACAUGCUGAACCAUACCAUAAAAAAUGUUCAGGUAAACUCUUCUAAUGUAAUCAGCGAGUUGGAUAAAGAAUUUGAUGGUCUGUAUUCUAUAUUGCAUGAGAUGAAGGGGAGUAUGGCCAACACUAUUCAGCAAGAAGAGGCUCAUAAAAUUCAAGCUCUGCAGGAUCAGCUUAGCCAGUGUAGUAAUGCCCUAGAGAGUUCUGAAGAGCUGCUGGAACUUGCUGCGCAGUCGCUGGACAUAAAGGACCCUGUGGAAUUCUUACAGGCUGCCAGACAGAUCAAAGAUAGAGUCACAAUGGCUUCAGCGUUCCGCAUCUCUCUGAAACCAAAGGUCAGUGAUAGUAUGACUCAUUUGAUGGUGGACUUCGCUCUGGAAAGGCGGAUGCUCCAGGCUGUAAAGUUUUUGCCAGUCCCUAAACCUCCAGAGAUAGAUCUAGCAGCAUGUCUGGUUGCUGAUAACUGCAUAACAGUAUCGUGGAAAAUGCCUGAAGAAGACAGCAGAAUUGAUCAUUUUGUACUGGAGUAUAGGAAAACCAACUUUGAUGGGCUUCCUCGAGUAAAAGAUGAACAGCGUUGGGAACUGAUAGACUAUAUUAAAGCUACUGAAUAUACAUUAUCAGGUCUGAAAUUUGAUACAAAAUACAUCAACAUUAGAGUACAAGCUUGCAACAAAGCUGUGGCAGGGGAAUACUCUGAUCCUGUGACUCUGGAAACCAAAGCAUUUGUGUUCAGUUUGGACAGUACUUCGUCUCAUCUGAACUUGAAAGUUGAAGAUACCUAUGUUGAAUGGGAUCCUACUGGAGGCAAAGGCCAAGAAAAAAUAAAAGGGAAGGAAAAUAAAAGCAGGCUCCACUUCACUCCUGAAUUCUCUGCCUCCUCCCUGCAAGCAGCACAGGGGGACAGUGGCCAGAAUCCUCUCCUGAAGAGCAAUAGAAGAAGUGGUGCACCAUCUCCAAAGAGGACAUCUAAUAGCGCAAGAUCCUCACUGAGGGGCAGCAGAGAUCAUUUUGCUGGUGAAUCAUACACAGUGUUGGGAGACACUGCUAUUCAAAGUGGACAGCAUUACUGGGAGGUGAAAGCCCAGAAGGACUGCAAAUCCUACAGCAUGGGAGUAACAUACAGAAACAUGGGGAAAUUUGACCAGCUGGGAAAGACGAAUUCAAGCUGGUGCAUCCAUAUCAACAACUGGCUGCAAACCACACUUUCAGCAAAACAUAACAAUAAAACCAAAACUUUAGAUAUACCUGUUCCAGACAGAAUAGGAGUAUACUGCGACUUUGAUGGAGGUCAGCUUGCAUUUUAUAACGCAAACUCAAAGGAGCUGAUACACACCUUCAGAACAAAGUUUACCCAACCAUUAUUACCAGGCUUCAUGAUCUGGUGUGGUGGGCUUACAGUGAGUACUGGAUUGCAGGUGCCAAGUGCUGUGAAAACGCUCCAGAAAAGUGAAAAUGGAUUGAGUGUUUCAACAAGCAGCCUAAACAAUAUUGCCUAGUAAUGUCUAUUAAACACUUCUAUUGCUGAA